AACGCUGGUUGUGAAGUUAGCCGACGGUAGCUAGCUAGCUAACUGAUAAACGUAACAGCUAGUGACGUUCGCUUAGUUUUAACCUACAUGUCCGGGUAUGACCUCCAUGAUCUAAAUACUUAGUCAGUGUAUCUCGAGUUCAAAAGCCAACUUCCGUUUCUGAUCAGUCGCAGUUGUUUGAAGCGAAGCCGUUCUCCUCGGAGGCUAACAGGGUUCACAAUGGAGGGUAGCGCCAGCGUGAGGAAAGCGUUGUCCGGGACUCUCGUCCCUGUGACGGUCACGACGAUGGCUCUUCUGCAACAACCCCACGAGUACGAGAAAGGAAACCCGCACAGAAAGGUCCUCGACGAAGAGGAGUACAUUGAGAGUUUAGAAAAGAUCAUCCAGAGGGACUUCUUCCCAGAUGUGACUAAACUGCAAGCGCAGAAGGACUACCUUGACGCGGAGGAAACUGGUGACCUGGGAAGAAUGAGGGAGAUAUCCAUCCGAUAUGGAUCGUCCUUGACCAAAUCUACACCACGAUCUUCUGCCCCCUAUGUGACACCAGCAAGCUUUGAGACACCACUGGGCCGCUGCGGGUCUCCCUCUUCCACUAAUGGCAAAGGUUUAGACGGAGAGAACAAGGAUGACGACGAGGAGAAAGAGCUGCCCGCUCUGGAUCGCUUCCUUGCUAAAAAUACCAGUGAGGAUAAUGCAUCAUUUGAGCAAAUAAUGGAUCUUGCAGAGGACAAGGAGAAGCUGAGGCAUUCCUGGUUAUAUGAGGCUGAGGCUGAAUACAAACAGCGCCACGAAGAGAACCUUGCAUUACCAUCCAUGGAGAAAGCAGCACUUGAGUGUGUCAAAGCUGGACUGGACACAUGGGAGUACAAAGCGAAGAAUGCCUUGAUGUAUUAUCCAGAGGGUGUUAGAGACGAUGAUGAACGAUUUAAGAAGCCACGGGAGGUAGUUCACAAGAACACACGCUUUGCCGGUGACCCAUUCAGCAAAGCUCUCAACAAAAGCCAGAUUCAGCAGGCUGCAGCCCUCAAUGCACAGUUCAAACAGGGUAAAGUGGGACCUGAUGGGAAAGAGCUCAUUCCACAUGAAUCCCCUACAGUGAAUGGAUAUGGGUUUGAAAACAUGCCAUCCCCAGCACCUGGUGUAGCUGAUUCGCCUCUGAUGACCUGGGGUGAGAUAGAGAGCACCCCAUUCCGUCUGGAUGGAUCCGACAGCCCAUUUGUUGAGAGAAAUCAUGGGCCGUCAUUUAAGAUUCCAGAACCAGGAAGACGAGAGAGGCUGGGUUUAAAGAUGGCCAAUGAAGCUGCCGCUAAAAAUCGUGCAACGAAACAGGAGGCCUUUCGAAAAGUCACGGAGAACCUUGCAAGUCUUACUCCUAAAGGUCUGAGCCCAGCCCUCACCCCCGCCCUGCAGAGGCUCGUUAACCGGACAUCGAGUAAAUACACGGACAAAGCAUUACGAGCAAGUUACACCCCGUCGCCCUCGCAUCAAGUCGCUGGCUGCAAGUCUCCUUUCGGUGGCCCGGCCACUCCCACAGGAACGCCAACACCAAACAAAUCCAAGACGCCGAGCUCUCAGGACCUUACGUCACUGACGGACAAUCUGCUGCAACUUCCCAAGAGACGGAAAGCCGAGGAUUUUUUCUAAUUAAGAGAAUCUGUUCUCUGCCGGGAUUGUACAAAACAGACAUAUUGUUAUGUGGAACACUUAUUUUUAAACUGUUCAAACCCAGCUUUCUCAAAUUAUAGAGCACAUCUUUUCAGUCGGAUGCCUGGAUAACGAAUUCGAUAUAUAUUUUUGAGGGGACAGGUUAAAGCUUUGUUGAAUACAGUGUCCACAUUAUAUUGUACAGCUUGAUUUUCUUAUUUUGUUUUAUCCCAAUGCAAUGUAUUAUAGAUGAUUGUACAGCUGUUUCCAUUAUAACAAAUGGUAUCAAUGCCACACGGGCAACCUACCCAGCAGCAUAAUAUUUUCAUAUAAUCCAGUACCUGUUUCUAAUAGCCAUUGCCCAGCUCUCCAUACAUGCUGCCAUGUCAUUUCAGUGUUGGACUCUGCAUCAUAGACAUUUGUGUUUGUAUUUAAAAUGGAGAAAAAAACUUCCCUGAUAUGUAAAUUAUGAAUGUUUCUCUUAGGCCUAUGUUGGAUAAACAAUGUGUUAAUAGAUCUGCUGUACCUCCUACUGGUAGUUGAACAAAGCUGUCAAAAAUACUUUCAUGCCGCCUCCUUUCAAGCAAGCUUCAAAUGUACAGAACACACUGUUUAAAUGAGUGGUCUGGAUUUUGUGUUUAGUUUUUGAGCAUUACUGGUUACAGGUUCUCAAAGGCUAGUUUUAUUAUGUGAGGAGAUUGUCCUGUUGGGGAAGUCCACACACGCACAAGAUUUACAAUGUCAUGGGUCAAUGUGGUUUCAUAACCAGGGAAGUCAGACAUCAUAUUUUACUUGGUUGUGGACAUUAUACUUGCACAAACCUAUGGUCUUUAGUCCAGUGUCAAGUCAAUGUGCCCACUUUAAUUUGGAUCCUGUCACAAAAGCAGUUAAAAUCAUACUCUCAUUACCUUUAUGUACAUGGUCGUUGAUGGUAGAAUCCUGGUUCUGAACAUACCUCAUGUGUACAAUGUGCUGUACUUAAAAAACGGGAAAAGGUGUUGAGAAAUUUUAUAUGAUAACAAAAGUAAGGCAUAAAAUUCUUUGUCAUUGACUCA